CAGAUUCUUCGAACAUGGCUCUUGCCUUUUACCAGAGCCAUCCGGAAUCUGUCUUUACUUGAAAAGGCAUUACUCGAAUUUUUGGAAAUCACUCCCUAUAGAUACUCUUUAGAGAUCUUGGGGACACGUAACCCGUAUAUACGCGAACUAAAUUAGCGUGAUAGCUGCAUUGAGACUAGCCAGAUUAGUACUGGCGGAUGCAGUAUAUUGAAUCUUCUUAUCUACACGUUUUAAUGCUUCUGGAUUCAUCCACUCCUCCUCCGUGGUGGUGAGAUCCCAUUCGCAAACUUUUGCAAGGGCUUUUACAUAGCCCCUGCCGAAUUUGGAAUGAAAAUUUUUGUGGAUCGUGUUGAUGUUUUCAAAUUAGAUCCAUAUUUGUUUUUUUUGUCGAUAACUGGCAUUUAUUUUCACGUAAAAAAAACGCUUCAACAUCACUUCCAAAUCCUUUCUAAACAGUCAAAUCUGUUUAUGUCUCUCAUUUCAUCUAUAAAUUAGCCAACGCUCUCCGAGUUCACGUGAUAGACAACGGUUAUGAUGCUUGUCAAAAAAGACAAAUGCUCAAAGGGGACGCAGUAUUGCGAGACCAGUGAUGCCUUGAGUUCUACGAGUAUUGUGCUCGCUGUGGUGAUACCCGUCGCUGUUGUGGCAAUGGUGGUUGCCUUUUUCAUCUGGAGAGCCUGGAAACGUAAUAAGAAGGAGGCCCUUGACGACAAUGAUCCCGAUUUUUACGGUGACAACACAGUGUUGCCGGACUAUCCAACCAAAGAAGAGAUAUUUUCAGGCAGAAACACGAGCGAAAACCCAUUUGACGCGUCAAACACUCGUUAUCCCCAAGCAGUACUUGAUGAGAAAGACCAGAGCUUCAGUAAUAAGGCAGGAUCUUAUUAUAACGCGUCUCAAUUAAGUCUUGGAACAGAUAACAUGCUGGGAACACCUCGCGGCCACAUGGAGUCUUUUGUUUUGCCACGUGUCGACGACUCUACCUCCAAGCAUUCCUUGGACCAGCUUUCAAGACAACUUGGUGGUGUGUACCCAGGAUACAAGGUUCCAGAGAAUGUCAGGUUUAGUUCGAAUAAUCAUUCCAGAAAGUCCUUGUUUUCAGAGAAUUCCGGAGACCUCACUGGUUUUGAGAGAUCUACCGAGGACUUGGGCAGAACUCUUGGGCCACAGAAUUCCGACAAAUCUCCUGAAACUCUUCAGAAAUCCUCAACAGUCUACUCUCAACCUGAUAAUACAUUUUCCCCUCCAACUUCUGGGCCGCCUGGUGACCAAGAGGAGUCCGACGAUGACAAGUUCUACGAGACAACUGAUCCAGGGCACCGGGUGUCCUACGAUGCUGCCGAUAGUCACAAAUACUCGUUCGAUGACACAGACGCUUCUGUGGUGCAGCGUCACAGCCGCGAUUUGGAUGCAAUUGUUCAGCCUCAAAACAUUGAGCCAGAUCAUGAAAAUCGUGAUGAGUUUGCAUCCGAUUCCGUUUCAAAAGAGGCACCAGUGGAUGAGUAUUCUGAAGUGCCAGAGAACAGCCAUGUAUCGAGCUCUCCAGUGGGUAAAGCUCUUCCAGAGCCUGAAGCUGAGGAAGUUCCCGACUUGAAUGAAGUUCUUGUUGAAGAGCAUAUACCGAUUUCACCUGAAGAGGAGGAACAGAUCAACAGGAUGAAGUCUGUUUACAAAGUCUACUUUUCAAGAGAAAACUCUUUGAAGUCGAAGAAGUCAAACCACAUGUUUUUCGAAGACCAGGAUAUGCCGCCUCUGCCGCACCUGCCGCAAAACGAGGAGCAUGAUAUACCACGCCAGCCAGAAUACACAAUGGAUCCAAGCCAAGAAGACGAGGUUUCUGCACAGCAACAGGAUGAAAAGGAGAACAUAGAUCACAGUGUCAGUAACGGCAGACCGGAGCUGACCUUGGACACUUCUGUAAACGAUCAUCGUGCAAGUUAUGCUUCCUCCAUCUACUUGGACAAUGGGGCAGUUCCGGUGCAGCAGCAGGGUCACCCUUUCUAUCCUCACCAGCAUAUUCAGAACAUUUUGAACCAGCAACAGUCGCAGGCGCAUUAUUACCGUCAAAUGGCUGCACAACAAAGAAAGCCCCAGCACUAUCCUGUCGAGCAGAAGCUGGAGAACCUCCCAUCCCCCCACGAACUGAACAACCGAAACUCUACUUUGGAGACGUUCACACAGUUUGAGAAGCAACGCAAAUACACCGGCAAGAAGGGCCAGUCUCCAGUGGUGAUGCAGCAGAAUUUCAGUCCUAUUGAGAACACGCAAUGGGGACCGAGCCAGACAAAUUCGUCGCAUCCUUCGCCUCACCAGAUCAGAGACUCGAUUGUGAUGUUCAACCCUGUGGAUAUCAACUACAAAAAGACCUACAAGCCUAGCGGAACGCUAGCAGAGCAGGUCCGCAAAGUUUCUCCUGGCGCGCGGUCCUUCUCUCCAACGUCUCCCGGAUUUGCAUAUGACGACGACCCGACGAUGCCACGGCCAAUGACCAGAGUCGGUUCUGAGUCCCUCAUUCCGAAAUCUGGCUCUCAGGCCGAUCUUAGAAAAUAUGUAGACAAUGCCAACCUAUAG